UCUUAGCCUUUUUUAUUCCUUCAUUCAGCGCCAGCUUUUGAUAAUCAUACUACAGAGGAAUAUGGCUUUUGCAAUUCAGCGGACCGGACUGUCUUUAGAAUGUACCAGACAAGACGUAAAUUAACUUUAACGUAGAUAAGGACGGGAAUGUCAAAACGGAGCAAAAUUGGUCAGCGUUCCUGGCAGACCUUAUGGGAAAAUAUUGGACGAAUUUCCCCUUGAAGACAAAACUGUACCGAAAUGUUUACGUCUGUGAUAAAACAAGGCAGCGUUGUUUGAAAUAUAACUUUUACGCUUGAUAUUUCUGCACACUGGAGAAUGUUCGAAGAGGAUGUCUUCGAAAUUUGGGAAAGUACGGACCUGUAAUAUUGCCCCUGCCCCUGAUCGAGGACAAGCCGAGUGCAAUAUCGCUGUUUUAGGACCUACAGGCUCUGGAAAGUCAGCCCUGACAGUGAAGUUUCUCACCAAGCGCUUUAUCAGUGAAUAUGACCCUAACCUGGAAGACACCUAUACUUCAGAAGAGAUUGUGGAUCAACAGCCUGUUCUCGUGAAAGUCAUGGACACAGCCGACCAGGGUGGGCCCAUGAACUGUGAGCGCUACUUGACCUGGGCCACUGCAUUCCUGGUGGUCUACAGUAUUGAUAACCGCCGGAGCUUUGAGGGGUGUCAGCAGUACCUAAACGUGGUGACCCUGCAUACCAAGGGGGUUCAGCCCAAAACGCCCAUCAUCCUGGUGGGAAACAAACUGGACAUGGAGAGAUACAGGCAGGUGAGUAAAUCGGACGGCUUGGCCCUGGCCUCUCAGCACGGAGGUCUGUUCUUCGAGGUGUCCGCCUGUCUGGACUUCGCCGCGGUGCAGCACGUGUUCCACGAGUUGGUGCGGGAGGCCCGACGGGAGGCAGAGCGGGGCAUGCCUGUGCGGCCCCUCUACAUCAGCGAGGACAAGCCCAUGGUGAGCCUCUCGGCCGCCCCGCUCAUCGCCCCCUGCUUCAAGGAGCUGCCUGCCCCGGCCACCGCCAAGCUGGUCACGGUGAAGUCCUCCCGGGCCCAGAGCAAGCGCCGCGCCCCGACACUCACCCUGCUGAAAGGCUUCAAGAUUUUCUAACCCACCUCCGCCUGUGGCAGGCCAAAGGCCCCACCCCUGCCUUCACCCUCCGUCUGCCUGACUCUGCACCGACCGAGAAGAGAUGUGUUCUGGGGCACAUUCCUGUUCACAGGCUGUAAGAGGUGUGUUGAUAGGUGAAUCUGCUUGUGUCUGAACAAGUUGCUUGCAAAUUUCCUCUUCGGAUAUUGUAGCCUUAGAAUAUUUGAAUGCAGCAGUACAUUUCCAGAUCUGUAGGAAGUAUUUCAAAUAUUUUUAUAAGAUUUAUUUUUAAGC